UUAAGGUCCCAAGCAUAUAACUUGUAGAGUUUUAUCUUCUCUGUUUAUACAUUUGCAUGUAUUAUUUGCUUAUAUAUAUAACAUAUAUUUCUCUGAAUUGAAUUCAAGAAUCUUGCUUUUCAACUAAAUCAGUCGAGGGGCUUAAGAGGCGGUGGUUCAGUUUUUAAAACAUGAACAAUGCAACAAAGCCAAGAAUGAGAUCCAUGUUCAAUUUGGCUUAUGAUAGAGGUUGAAACUAUAGAGCUUGUUUCAUUAUUUUGAGGGGUUUUUUAAUUUUUUAUUUUUUGCUUGUCCAUGGAAGAAAAUAUGGAUGUUGUAAGGGGGAAGGAGAAGAAAAAAUCUGUACUCAAGAAAUUAGAGAGUUAUCUGUCUAUGAAUAGACAGGCAAAAUCUUCGACGAAUAUUAAGUUUUCCAAGAGUACAUCGUGGGACUGCAGCAAAGCUAAGGCUUCAGCUUCAUCCAAAGACGAGAAAAGGCUCAAAGCGAAGCACCAAGUGGCUCCAAAUGGUUGUUUCUUCGUGUAUGUUGGACCGGAAAAACAAAGGUUCGUGAUCAAGAUUGAGUACGCGAAUCACCCUUCGUUCAAAAUGUUGCUUGAGGAUGCUGAAGUGGAAUACGGAUUCAAUAGUGAAGGCCCUUUAAUGCUUCCAUGUGAUGUCGAUCUUUUCUGGAAAGUUUUAGCUGAAAUGGAUAGAGGUGAAGAGACUAAUCAUUCUUGUGGUGGUUUCGCGUAUGGCUCGUGUAGUCCCUUUAGUCCUGCUCGGGGCUCAAGGAGAACUUCGUAUAGCCUUCUUACACCCCCGCGAUUGCUCAAGAUAAAUCACUUUUGAGUGUGCUUAAAUGAGUAAUAUCAUGUGUAGAUAAUCUGUGUGCUUGAGUUGCUGGUGCAUUAUAGUUUUCUUGAUUUUCUUGAUGGCCUUUUACCGAAUGAAGA